GCUGAAUUCAAAGAAGCUUUCUCACUAUUCGACAAAGACGGAGAUGGCACAAUCACCACAAAGGAACUGGGAACAGUCAUGAGGUCUCUUGGACAGAACCCWACAGAGGCUGAAUUACAGGACAUGAUCAAUGAAGUCGAUGCUGAUGGUAAUGGUACCAUUGACUUCCCUGAGUUCCUGACAAUGAUGGCAAGAAAAAUGAAGGACACAGACAGUGAAGAAGAAAUCCGUGAAGCAUUCCGUGUAUUCGACAAAGACGGCAAUGGCUUUAUUAGUGCUGCUGAACUUCGACAUGUAAUGACCAACCUCGGAGAAAAACUAACAGAUGAAGAAGUCGAUGAGAUGAUCCGAGAGGCUGACAUUGAUGGUGACGGACAAGUCAACUAUGAAGAAUUUGUCAAGAUGAUGACAUCCAAAUAAAUAACUUAUUCUUUAUAUUAAACGUCAAGUGCAGGGCUCAAAAUAACGGCUGGACAUAUGCAGGACACGAUGUCCUUCCAAAUUCAUUUUGAAAGGACAAUUUUGAAAAAGGACAAAUUUUGAAAGGACAAAUUUUGAAAGGACAAAAAUUGUAUACUAUUAUUUUCCCAAUGUCAAGGGGACAUUGCCAUAUCAAUUCAAAUUAAAACAGGGUAAAAUAAACCAGAAACUCUUUUAUGGAUGCUAUUUUACUCAUUUCAAACGAAAAGUAAGAAAUUUAAUCAAGUUUGUAAAAAUUUGUGUAGUGAAUUGGGAAUUGAUAGGUUUUUUUUGGCUAAAAAUGUGGCAGGUCAAUUUGUCCUUUCAAAAUCUGAUUUGGCCGCUCAUCUAGUGAAUUUGGAAAGACAUUGUCCUUUGACUGGCCGUUAUUUUGAGUCCUGCAAGUGUAAUAGAGGAUUGCUUUUGAGAUGCACAAACUUUUACAGAUCCAUCCCUAUUAAUUCCAGUUCUUUCAUAUUCUAGUUUCAAUAAAAUUACCUCAGCUGCACUCGCGCACACAUUUCAAUUUGUAAAUAAGAUCCUAGACCACACUGAUGCUGAUCUAUGGUCAUGAUUUAGAUUCUUGUUACAUAUGCAUGAUGCAUGUCAAACUUAAUUCCAAUCGCCUCCUGUUAAAUAAAUAAAAACCCUUGGGAAAAAUA